AAGCAAGCCAGUAAGUGAGGUUGAACAUUGACCUAGCACCCUACGAUCCUCCUGAGAGUUGCUCUACUGCCAUCAAAAUGCCAAAAGAUCAGAAUGUUGUGACAACAUCCGACGGGAGACAGUCCACGGAAAAUGGGAAUCAAGAGAUCGGUAAACGCAGUCAGCUAGCGAGGAAGAAAGCCACUGCUACGAGUAAUGAGCUUCGUUCUGACUUCCAAGUGGGUAACAUGCCGAUGAUGACGUCGGAAGCAAGGAGCAAUACGAAUGGAGGAGCAGCGUCAAAGCCUCCAUCGAUGUCCCUAACGAAAGCACUCUCGCCCACAUCAUCCCCGCAUGCUAGAUCGGGGCAUAUAGAAGUCUUAGCUAGCUCUGAUGUGACACCACUUGGAUCGAAAAGCGAUUACAAAAACGGAAUGUCAUCACAAGCACCUGGCAAAGCGAAGUCCCCAAGGAGAAAAGCUCAUAGAACGACGUCCAACCCGCAACCCAGCGAACAGGAUGACAAGAGAAAAGGUUCCUCAUCAGGCGCCGUUCCUAGCCACAUGGAAGCACGUUCGAUGUCAGUUCCGUCGAUAAAAUCUCUUUCGUUAGCUAAGCAGCCAGCAAUCGCCGCGUAUCAGGCAUAUAUCCCUGUUGAACCCAAAGUAAACAAACGCUUUUACGAAGCUCUGAUUAUGCUAUCUAUUCUCGGCAAAAAUCGAGGAGGUCGAAUUCCCGAGAAGCCAUUUCAGCACAGAUCUGGACUGGAAUCUGAAAAAGGCACUCUUCGAAGAUUGUUUAUCAGAAGUUUAGCUUACUUGUGUGACUCGGAGAAAGGAGGGCAAACUACGACCGCCAUUGCUCUGCAGCAAGCUCAGAAUGGAGGAGUUGUAUACUGGGUUGCGUCCAACUGUCACUCCGCCGGUUCGAAGAAAGAUCGGUCUAAACAUUUCAUGGAGGGUGUCUUGGGCACAGUGCAGAGCUCACUUGGCAUGGAUCAUGCUCGGUUGCGGGUGGUGGAAAUGAAUAUACUAGAUAGAGCUGUUUCCUUUAGCGAGGGUAGACUGAAGGUGUACCGGACGACGUUGAAGUCACAAAUAGAGAAUGUAAUUGGUUAUUUCAUGGAGGAAGGUAUACCAGAAGAUCCUCUUAUUGGCUGGCUGAGAAAAAUGCAAAGUCUCUUGAAGGACCCGAACGAGUUGUGCAACUUCUGCUAUGAGGAUCGUCAGUCAGUUCACUGCUUUAACCUCACUGAGCGAGCAAGAGCAGGCGGAAUUUGUGCACAGCGGUUCAAAAGAAUCAGGCAUAUCAUUGGCCGUUUGGCUCAUACGAAGAAAGCGGUCGUGGCCCUGGUAACAUCUGGGAGUAGGCUCCCCCAUCUCUUGAGCGAUUUUUCUGUGACUCGAACGCCAUCUGGAUACGGUUCUCCACCGCCCCUACAGGAGCGCAAUCCGACUCUUGUAGAAUUAGCAGGUCGUAUGACAAGCAACAAAGGGACAAUCGAGACAAUCCGACAUUCCUUGGCCGAUUUCGAUCGACUGGUCCAACUCUCCGAGGAGUUGCAGCGUAGUUGCAAGUCUCGAACUUGGAGGCCACAGGUCCACGCAGAACUUCUUCUGAAUGAUCUUUUCGUGAAUCGCAAGUUCAAAUUCGUUGACGGAGAUCGUUACAUCGCCUGCAGUAAAGCCGCAUGCUUCUGCUGCUACCACUACAUCAAAGCUCAAGGCCAGUUCGUUGUACCCGGGUGUCACAAUAACGUUUGGGUUAACUGGAAAGCACCAGAUAUCCUGAACCAGCCACAAAAUGAGCCUUCGGUCAUGAAACGAAAAAGGAUCUUGAAUAUUAUGACCAAGCAUAUCAGAGCUGCUGUUUUGAACCAAAUCAUCUAUCGCCAAGCUCCAAUGACGUGGAAGCCAGACACUGCUACAGAGAUUUCAAGUGUACGAAUGCAGGACAUGCGAAGCCAAAUAGCAAUGCCAAUUGAAGAACUCAACGCAACGCCGGGACCGAAUUCCUAUGCAAACUCCAGUCCUGGGUCUGAGGGCCCGGAUUACGAAGAGCAGGAUGAUACCAACACCGGAUUUUUCGACGAGGACGAGGACAGUGAUGAGUGUGAGCCCGAAUUGCAAGAUGAAGGGGAUUUGACAGAGAGGUUUGAAAGCUUUCAAAUUGGAGAUGAGCAUGAGACGGGUGGUGCGGGGUAUGGAGAUCUUGAAAAUGGGUAUUGGAGCGAUGACAAAUACGGACCAAGAGAUGAAAGAUGCGAACCAAGCGAUGAUGAAGUCCAUGGGAGAGUUUCUUUCUCUGACGAGUGAAGUUUUGAUUAUAGUAGCACCUAAUAAAGUGAUUCACACCUAAACCACGUAUUUGGGAGGAAAUCCUUG